AUGUUUUCCCAAAACUCGGGAGGACGCUCCCUUCGAAAUACACGCAGACGUCAAAGAACAAGUCUGGAUGAAGCUGUCAAGCCGCCAAAUGCGAAGCGCCAAAGGUCUACGUUACGGCAAAACUCCGGCGAACGCCCAGUGAAAGCAAUCGCCGACAGUGGUUUGCAGGAUAAUCAACAACCAGCUGAUCUCGACCAGCAAGACUCGAACGAUGAUAAAAUCAAGGCGGAGGAAGAUCGACAAAACCUUGCAUUCAGAGGUCCAAAGAAACUUGAAAAGUCGGCAGGUCAAACUGAUCCGACUGUGACUCUGUCGUCUAAUGACUAUUACACUGUGACAAAACUGCCUUUACCAGAGCAACUUUUAGAUUUUAUUUCCGGUCGCGCAAGAUGUGUGUUCAGCACGAAAACCGGGUUCGCCUUAUUGCUGACAGAGUCGCGGGCUCUUGUAUGGUCUUAUAUGGCAGGCGCCAAGCAAUUUGAAACCGAAACUCUUCCGCUGUCGAUUCCCGAAUGGUGUACAAGUGACGACACAGCUUUGAUGGGGACUCUGGUGUCUGGUGUGACUAAUGCGGUACCGGGGUUACUUGUUGUCGCGCCGUCCACUGGGAAUUUAAUUUAUUGGGAAAGUGCAUCAAACGCUGCCUUUGUGGGCAUUGCUAAACAGAAGCAAAGCGGCUUGCGUGGAUCCAUACCUGGGCUGCUCUCUGGAGAACAUGUUACAGAUGUCAUCAAUGCGGAGCCUUCGGGAAUCAUUCUGGUUCUGUCCACUGGCAGAGUUGCUCAAGUUACAAUGCGAGAUCCGCAGGGAAAGCCUGGGUUGGCCGUAAACUUCCUUCUUCGAGGUUACACGAGCGGUGGAUUCUUUGACGGUUUAAGGAACGUGCUGGGAAGCAAUUCGUGGCGGAAAGAGAUAGCUGGAGUCAGAACAGGGACUUCACUGGUUCGAGGUCAGCGAGAUAUCUUCAUCCUGUCUUCCACUGGCCUUCUCGAAAUAUGGGAUUCUCAUUGGAACAACGUCAACACACUGCGUGCUGAGAUUGACAUCCAAGAGGACAUAUACCAUUCUCUGGGUCUGACAAAUAACACCAAGCCUAAUUCUCUGAGGAUUCUCGACUUCAGUGCUAGCCAUGAAGAGUCAAAAACACCUCAGUCAGGAGAAACGCAGCAGAGCACCACACUUUUCUUUCUGGUUCUCAUAUCUCAGGGCCCAUCGACAAAGAUCCUUGCCAUCGUGAAGGCAGCAACUCAUCAUGACAGUGUUGAACUUCUGUCAUCACACAAAAUCGAAAAUCCUUCGAUUGUUAGUGAACUAGAAAGACACAAGCCAAAGUUACACAUAACAAGACCCUCGAAUACAGCUUUCAUUGUCAUAGGGCAGAAAGUAUGGGUUAUUUCGAUACUUGGACUAGAGCCCACUCCAUCCGCUCAGCUGCUAGAUGGUGGCACUUCAAAGCCAUUUCAAGAUCGGGUUCAGUUUCAAAGUGGUGAUAAAUAUGAGAUAAUCGGAACCGGCUCUAAUGCGGAAGGCAUGGAGCUCGAAACCCCAACUUGCAUUCUCAUGCUUCGAGGAUACGGUCUAAUAUCCAUAUCUGCUUUGUCUUCUCAAUUGGAAGAUGAGGGGAUUCCCAGUGUCACCGCAAAGCAAAAAAUUGAGCAAGCAGUAUUCUAUGGCACAAUGACCAACACCCCGCUCAGUUUCAACGAUGAUGGGGAGCCAGACUUCUCUGUCGAGGAACUCGAAAAUGCGGCAUUAGAAAUCUGCAGCGAUGUCCUUCAAUCCAAUGCAAGGUUCAUCCCACAUGCAACCAUGUCCAUUGAUCACAACCUGCGUUUACGCUCAAAAGCGUUAAGCGAUUUGGCCGCAGAGUUGCUUCGUCGCAGGGUGGCUUUAUCCAGGCGAGUCCGUUGGGAAUUGUUAUGGGCUGGAGAAAAGCUGGCUGCCCAGAGGGCGAUUUGGAAACUAGAAGAAGAAUUUGAGAAAACUUGGAAACCGGAAACUUUCUUAUCACGCGCUAUUGGUCUGAUGAAUGAAAAAUUCAGAACGAAACACGACUCAAUUAAAACUAGUGAGAACAACCACGUGCGUCAAUGGUUCUUCCACGAUACCUUUCGAAUGCAACACAUAAUCCCUUGGGUAUUCAAUGCAAUCCGUGGAUCAAAAGGGCCCGGAGGGCGAAGCACCACUGCCUUUUUAGCCCAGGUAUACCAAGCUAGUGAGCUCUCUCUUGCUGCACUAGAGAGCGCAUUUCGUUUCAGAGAAGAUCAUGCACUGCAAUAUGGCCUUGGGGACGAGGCUUUCGAGAAUGGAGUAUUGUUAUCCACUUAUGCUGAUCUCCCGGGGUUUUGGACGUCAGAGAACAUGGUCUAUAGCGAAACCAUGAAUAUGCUUGACUUGGAGCUUGAGAGCUCUCGAUCAUGGAUGCAACAAUCGAUGUCAAAUGCCGGGAAUUCAGAUUCUGACAGGCUUCUUCAGGUUGCAAGGAACAGCUGCCGUAGGCUUUAUGUUUUGAACAUGAUGCUUGAUGAAAGGACUCGGUGGCUGUUCGCACAGAACGAUCCAAAACUCAAAGAUGAGGGUAUUUCCAUGAAGGAGGCUAACCAGAAACAACGGAAAUGGCAGUUGUAUAAGAUGGCGGGGAUCGGUCAGCUUCAAGGAGCAAUCUCUUUAGCCGAAGAGUUUCGGGAUAUGGGGGCGCUGGUUGAAUUGAUGGUGGAACUGCAAGAUCAAAUCAAGAGCCAUCAGGAUGAUGUCGAGGGCAAAUCGGCUCUACCAGUGAAGGAUAUGCCUAGCUUUUCGCAAAAAAUAGGCGAAUAUUUUGAUUCUUUUGGCGAGCAAUGGGCAGAAGCUUUCUUCUCACGACAAAUCAAGGUUGGUCAGCCGGGAGUUUUAUUGUCAAUGAAGGACUACCAGCCUCAUGUGACUCGUUUCUUGAGAAAAUUUCCUUCCUAUUCUCGCCUGGCCUGGAUUAACGAUGUUAUCGGCGAAGAAGACUAUAAAACGGCAUCAGAUUCUCUUGAAAAGCUCGCCUUGACCCAAGAGGCUAAUCUGUGGGAUAAACGUGUCCAAUUAUCUCUUGCCAAAAUUACCAAACUGGCAUCUUGGGAAAGGACGGAUGGCUUGGGCAAGGCUGAGAACCAGACAUGGAGGAAAAGGCUAGAUGAACUCGGAGAACUCGCUGGAAUCCAGGAGCUUCUAUAUGAGCAUAUUCUUCCCGCAAUGCACGGCGCCAUUGAUCAAAAGGCAGAACUUGAUUUGGCAAUGGAGCAUUUUGGCAAUCGAGUCAGCGAUCGACCAGCAUUAAAGGAACUACUCGAGGAAUUCUUGGCACGGUUAAUAAACGGACAAGCCCUCAAUGCUGAGGAACUUAUCAACCUUAUAACCUUGAUGGAUGACGAGGUUAAUUUUCUAGAAGGGGAAGAAAGUGAGGCUUUGAAUCGGGAAUUCUUCAUUGCUUUGCGUAUUCUUCGCCUCGGUGAUUACGCAACAAGUGAUCCUGCUGGCUACGACUAUUUGCAGAGAUUGAUCUGGAGAAGAUGCAUCAUCCGUGAUGAUUGGUGUACUAUCCUAAAAACUCAGUCACAGUCGGAUACUGACCGGAAGUCAAUGCUUCGAGGCACGGCCUUAGUCAAAACUCUGGCAGAAUGUAUGGCAGAAGAAUCGUCCCAGCGACACGCUACAGAUGAAUUGCUCCGACUUGGAAAGCCUUCGGAAGUCAUUCAAUUCGGCUCUUAUGAACUAGUGCGAAACCGCUUUCGUGCAGAGCAGUGGCCCCAUAUCGAAAGAGACCUUAAUUUGGAGAUUGACACGCUACAACGUUUUAUUGAGGAGGACCAGUUGGAUCUAUGGUAUCCGGAGCUUGUUAAGCUGGUCCAAGAAGAUUUUGCUGGAAUGCGUGCAGUUGAUAACAGGACUCUCUCGGAUGCGCCUGAGUCAGCCCCACGAUACUUCGGAAAGUCAGGGCCAGUCGAUGCCGAUCCCAAAAAGACCAAAAAGGAUGGAGGUGGAAAAGGAAACUGGGGCCGAUCCGGUGACGAAGUACAAGACUUCGAUUACAACUUUACUAAUGCUCGACGCCGAUCAAACAGCAGCAACCAAGGACUAGCUGACUUCAAGACCAAGUUCGAGACUGUAGAGGUUGAACCGGUAUUUGAAGAGGAGAUACAUAGUACGUUGGACAAAGGCCAGGGAGACGAAAGCGGGGCCUCCAGCCAGAAAACAUCUUAG